UUAUGUUUGUAGCUGCAAGGCGAUGUAUUGAAACUCGUGGUUAUGCAAUAUACUGGAACUGGGAAAGAGAAGACAGACCCAGACGUGCAAUCUUAUAGUUUAAGCUAAAUGAUGUGAAAUCUACAUAUCUUUACGCAGCUAACGUUAACUAGCUCGUAUACAUUAACCCAACAAGUAAAUAAAUUAAAGGCAUCAUGGACAAGUCAUCAUACCGUUUGCUGCAGCUUCUGUCCUUGGUAUGGCUGGCCUGUAGGCCCACCUACAGUUCUAUCACCACCUAUGGAACAAUAAUCCCACAAUCUCCAUCAGUGGAAAUUGGGAAGGAAUUCACCGCCACAUGUGUGCUCUACAAAGCUGCUAAAGCCACAGCGGAGGACAUCUACUGGAAGUUGAAAAACGUCACAGUGCCCAAAGAGCAGUACACCAAGAUAAAUGACUCGGCUGUUAGCGUGACCAUCACCAUCACCAAUGAAACGGCCAACUGGUUACUUUGUGAGAAGAAAGGGUCUUCCUUAUCCUUAAACCUAAAUCAAGUAAUCCAUGGGAUUCUAUUGACCAAAGGGUAUCCCCCUGAGAAGCCUGUGAACCUGUCCUGCAUGGCUGUCCAGUUUGGCCGAAAGAUUUCCUCCAACGUGACGUGCACAUGGCAGCCUGGGACAAGAGACGAGAUGCUGAAAACGACUUAUACCUUGUUUGGCAGUCUAAUUGGUUCAAAUAAGAGCAGCAAAGCUCACAGAAGCUGUGGAUACAUCGACUUCGAUACCUUUCCAAGCUUCAUGGAACUUGCUAUAUGGGUAGAAGUUGAAAACAAGUUGGGGAAGGUUCGAUCUGACAUUCUGGAUAUUUUUGCUGCUGAUUUGGUGAAAACGAAUCCCCCAUCAGAUGUCAAUAUUAUUUCKGAGAAUAACUUUUCCAGGACUCUCUUAGUGAGUUGGAAGCACCCUAUCCAUGUAACCUAUGUAACGCUGAAAUACAACAUCAGGUUCUGCACUGUGGGCUCUCGAGACUGGACUGAGGUACCCCCAAAUGACACCGAAAGCUACAAGGAGUCUUUCCGUCUUCAGUACCUCAAGCCGGACACGGAGUAUGUAGUGCAGGUGCGAUGCAUUCAUUAUAGGGGCUAUGGCUAUUGGAGUGACUGGAGCGCUAACUCUACCGCCAGGACCCCAGAGGACAAGCCUACAAGUAAGCCAGACCUAUGGAGAGUCGUCAUUCCCAGCCAAGUCAAAAGUGAGCGGAGAGUGCAAGUGAUGUGUAAGGAUCCAGUGGAGUCCAAUGGAAGGAUACGGGGCUACAGCAUCAAGAUCCAAGAUGGAAACUGGGAGACUGUGGCGGUCAACGACUCUGACCUGUUGCAAGAGAGGAAAAUUAUCCCCCUUUACCAGAUUCCCUGGUCUGACAAGAGAAGAGGCCUCAUUGAAUUGAAGGCCUGGAAUUCUGUUGGCGAGUCUCCCCAAGCGUCUUUGGUCAUCCCAGAAUUGACACACGAGCCCCCUUCGGUGGAAUCGCUCAGCUGGUUUACCCAGCAGGGGAGGCUGUGGGUGAAAUGGCAGCCCCCCAAUGUGACGGCCACGGGGGAGCCCUACAGGUCCGAUGUGACGGAGUACAUACUGGAGUGGGUGUCUGUCAGCGAUGGCGCUAUGGACUGGCAGAGAGAACGUAGGCAUACUAGGACGGCAGCCAUUAAAGGUAACCUUCAGAAGUUCAAUCGUUACAAUAUAUCUGUGUAUCCCAUGUACUCUGGGUGGACUGGGAAGCCAUUGACCAUAGCAGCCUUUCUGGAACAAGGAGUUCCGCUGGAGGGUCCCUCRGUGAAAGUGAGGCGGACAGGGAAAAACGACGCUGAGCUGGAGUGGAUGGAGAUUCCACUAGACAAACAGCGAGGGUUCAUCACCAACUACACCAUCUUCUUCAUCACAGGGGGCAAGGAACACUCAAUAGUUGUCUCUAACGACACCUAUUCUUACACUGUGAAGCGCAUGGCCAGCAACAGCAAGUAUGUGGUGCGGGUCAUGGCAUCUACAGUACAAGGCUCUACAAACAGCUCGGACCUGUCAUUCAAUACUCUGAUGUAUGCUUCCGGGCAGAUAGAAGCCAUCGUGGUGUCUGUGUGCAUCAGCUUCCUGUUUUCCGUAGUGCUGACCAUGCUCUGCUGCAUUUACAAAAUGGACUCGAUAAUCAAGAAGAUCUGGCCACCGGUUCCAGACCCCUCCAACAGCACUAUCGCCAAAUGGUCUCCUGAUUUCACAUCCAAAGCUGACACUCCUAAGGAGAAUGCGCUGGGUGACGUGAGUAUUGUAGAGGUGGACGUGUUCGACAGGAAGUCUCUGUGUGAGGAGGACAAGGCAGGCCUGCCGCUCAAGAAGGACAAGUACCUGUCGGAGGAGCAUAGCAGCGGCAUCGGCGGCUCCUCCUGCCUGUCGUCGCCUCACCAGAGCGUCUCGGACAGCGACGAGGGCGGCGACGAGGGCCAGACUACAGCCAGCACCGUUCAGUACUCGUCGGUGGUGGCAUCCUGCGGCUACAAGGGCCAGACCCCCUGCCCUCUCCCCCAGUCCGGCUCCUCCCAGACGCCCAGCUUCGCCCGCUCCGAGUCCACCCAACCCCUGCUGGACAGCGAGGAGCACCCGGAGGGCCCCGAGUCACAGCGCUACCCGCGGAACCCCUACUUCGGGCGCUUGCCUGCGGGGAACAAUGGCGACAGCGGAGACCUGGAGGACUUGAACCAGAUGGAGAUGAAGAAGCAGGGGUUGGCUUUGCGCCAGUUCUGCCCCCUGGAGGAGGACUUUCAGCAGACCACACCCACAGAGGAGGGUCAGUCACCUGACGGACAGCCAGGCCCUGACCCUAGCUACAUGCCUCAGCUCAGCGGCUACAGGCCUCAGUGUUAGGAGGACGUAUGYUGACUUA